GGGGUGAUUCAGUGACAGAUUCUCUCCUUCACGAUUCAGCAGAGAAUAUCCUCAGAUAAGAGAGAAGACAUGGCGAACGAUUCAAUCGAGGAAGCCAUUGCAGGACUGAAGCAGCUUCUGAGUGAGAAGGGAGAGCUGGAAGCGGUCGCGAAGGCAAAGAUAGAGGAGAUAACGGCGGAGUUAAGAGGGUCGGUGGCCGAUGGAAGUGUGUGCCCGGUGGAGAGGAUGAAACAAGGCUUCAGUUACUUCAAGACAGAGAAAUUUGAGAAGAAUCCCGAACUGUACGGCCAGCUUGCCAAAGGCCAGAGCCCAAAGUUUAUGGUGUUUGCGUGCUCGGACUCCAGAGUGUGCCCGUCGCACAUCCUGAAUUUCCAACCGGGGGAGGCCUUUAUGGUCCGUAACAUCGCCAACAUGGUCCCACCAUAUGAUCAGAAUAAAUACCCCGGAGUUGGGGCGGCCAUCGAAUAUGCCGUACUGCAUCUCAAGGUGCAGUAUAUCGUGGUGAUUGGGCAUAGCUGUUGUGGUGGGAUAAAGGGGCUCAUGUCUAUUCCCGACGAUGGCUCCACCUCCACCGACUUCAUAGAAGACUGGGUGAAAAUCUGUUUGGCCGCCAGGAAGAAGGUGAAGUCUGACAACAACAGUUUGUCUUUCCAGGAGCAAUGCACUGAAUGCGAAAAGGAAGCGGUGAAUAUAUCCCUGAAGAACCUACUAACCUAUCCGUUCGUGAGAGAUGGAUUGAUGAAGAAAACCUUAGCGCUGAAGGGAGGAUUCUAUGAUUUUGUUAAUGGAUCUUUUGAGCUUUGGGGGCUUAACUUCAGUCUCACACCUUCUCUCUCAGUAUGAAGUAUGAACACCCACCAAGUUAGCACAUCAGCGAUCCAGCACGUCUCUUUCAGUCUCUUUAGUGCAACAUGUAUUGAGCUUCGUUGCGCGAUAAUAAAAUUUACAAAAGUAAUAAAAUUUAAACAAAGCGCGACUCCUUGAAUUCUUGUAUUCAUUAAGAAGUUUUGUAUAAAAGAAAUCGAGGUGCCCUUUUCAUUUCC